AUGUCUCUUCAAGCCAAACUCCAAGUGGUGACUUCGGAAUUCCAGAAACUUCAGCUUGACCUGUCGAAUGCGGUCGAAGCUAGGCAACGACUGGAGGCACAGUUGUCCGAGAAUCAAUUGGUCAAGAAGGAAUUCGACCAGCUGAAGCCGGAGAGCGUCGUAUAUAAGCAAAUAGGCCCGGUGCUGGUCAAGCAAGAUCAGUCGGAGGCAAAGAGCAACGUCGAUACGCGACUGGAGUUCAUCACAGGAGAGAUCAAACGCGUAGAAAGCCAGAUAAAGGAGAUCGAGCAGAAGAGUGAAAAGAAAAAGACCGAAGUACUUGAGUUGCAGACGUCUAUGCAGCAACAGCAAGCAAAAGCUAGCCAACCAGCAAUCAAAGCUUAA